AUGAUCGCCGACAAUCGAAUCGAAACGCUGGCCACCUAUGGAGUAAAUCGUGAAUUGCAGCGAAUUCGGUUUGUUGUGGCAAAAUCUAUUGAACAAUCGUUAACGGAAGAGUUCCAAUUACCAAUCGUUGUUUGGGGACUGAGACGCAAUGUCACUCUGCGUCAUUUGCUGGGCUACAAAACUUUAAUCUGUGUUAGCAUUACCAGUGUACUGCCCGACGAAGAGCCCAUUUUUGAUGUCCUAGUCGAUGGAUUAGUUGGCUUGCACUACGUUCCCAUGCUCUUUAUAUACAAGCGAUUGGGAAACAAGAGCCCAACAGAGAUGCAGUUGAAUAUUUUCUUCGCCUGGUGCUGGCAGCACAGGUUCACCAAUGUCUUUAUCACCUUCCAGCUAUUUAUUUAUAAGGAACCUUCUGGAAACUUUAGCACCAAUUGGCACAACCAACUGUAUACCUAUACACCAUUUCCCAAGCUCACGGUUCGGAAUCUGACCGAUACGGGUUAUCAAAACGUGGACAUAUUGAUGGAUCUAAGGGGCUAUGAGUUUCGAGUGCCUUUCUUUCAGGAUCCCCUCAAUGUGUUUAGGCUUCCAAACGGACGUCUGUCCGGGGCCGUGGGCCGCCUGAUGGCCGCCUUCGUGCACCACAGAAAGGGGCGACUCCACCUGGAGCGUGUGGCCCAUGUGGAUAGGUACAAUUACCCGGAGCACCUGAUGCUAGCCGCUGCCCGCGGAGAGGUCGAGAUGGGCGUUCAUCCGUACUCUCCAAUGCAGCCGGGCUCCUCGCUGACGGCCGGGAGUUUUCCGGUGGGGACCACCCGAACCUGUAUUUUAGUGCCAUGGCAGCGGGGAUCGCCUGCAGUCCGAUAUAUGCGGAUGGUUGCCCGUGUAAAUUUUCCAUUUUUCCUGAUACUCCUUCUGGCUAUGACCUUUUGCUGGAAGCUGGUGUGUGGGCAGGGACAAAGGGGCAUUCAGCUAACACUGGUGGCCUUUUUUCAGCAAUCGCUGUCGGGCAUUGAAUUCCAGCGGCUCGCGGAGUCGUACAAGUUUAUCCAUGUGGCCAUGGUACUAGGGUCCUUCAUUCUGUGGUCAAUGCGCACAGCAAAUCUGUCAUCAGUCUUUACCUCGCAGAUACCUGGGUCACAGAUAGACACGGAUAGGGAUUUUCUGGCUACGCCAUUGCGUCUUAUGCUGACGGAAACGGAGGUGGAAAUGUAUUUCACCGCCGGACGUCUGCCUUCGGCACUGAAGCCACGCCUUCUGGUGGUCAACAGUACGACGCUGAUGGAGCAUCUGGGCAGCUUGAAUACCAGCUACGCCUACUGCACCACCGCGGAGCACUGGAAUGUGGUUGAGCUGCAGCAGCGGCAAAUGUACCGUCCAUUAUUUCGACUUGCAUCGAAGAUGUGCACACCCCAACAAAUACUGCGAUUUCCCAUCCAAAGGAAUUCGCCCUUCGCGAGGAACUUCUACAGCUUUGGCAUUUUUUGGCAGGAGUUUGGAUUCUGGACUUUUUGGUGGAGGCAGAGCAAUCGGGAAGCUAUUAUCACGGGCCUCGUUAUUCACCUGACGGACGACUAUCAGCCGGUUCAGAGUCUGUCUCUGGGGGAUAUUAAGAUGCUGACAAAACUAUACACUCUUUGCUUGAUAGGGUCCAGCCUGUGCCUUCUAGUCGAAAUUGGUUGGAAUUACUAUAGAAACAACAGGGCUGAAAACUAA